CCGUGUUUGAGACUGGCGGCCCAAAAGCACACAGAGUCUUCGUUUCCCUCGUAGGUCAGCGCUCAAUUUACACUUCCAGAUCGACCACUGGAUACGUAGAAUCAACCAUUGACGAAUAAUCGGAGAACACAUUGAGGUAAGGGAAACCAAUUUCCUUAAUUCUGCGCGCAAUGGGGAUGGCUUGAUCCUAUUCAACAUCGAAGAUUUGGAGCACAAGUUCAUCAGAAAUUCAUUCCAGAUUCGAGAAUGGGGACCCUAAUCAGAUCUAGGGUCUGUUUUCUGCUCCUUCUGGCUUUGUAUAUUGGUCUCUCCUGUCACUCGGCCACUGCCCAGGAUCGCCGGCCGAAGAAUGUCCAGGUUGCCCUAAGAGCCAAGUGGUCUGGCACUCCCCUUCUUUUGGAAGCCGGGGAAUUGCUGGCGAAGGAAUGGAAAGACUUAUUCUGGGAUUUUGUCGAAUCAUGGAUUCAGUCUGAUAAUGUAGACUCUGAAUUGAAUUCUGCUAAAGAUUGUUUGAAGAAAAUUUCAACAUAUGGGAAAUCUCUAUUAACUGAGCCUUUAGCAUCGAUUUUUGAAUUCUCCCUCACCCUUAGGUCAGCUUCGCCUAGGUUAGUGGUGUAUCGCCAAUUAGCUGAGGAAUCUCUUUCAUCUUUUCCUCUAACUGAUGAUGAUCUUACCUCAAACGCUAUUGAAGGAGGGAUUUUGAAACCAAACGAAACCACCAUAACCAAAAACUCCGAAAGGUUUCUCUUGGGCAUGAACCCCAAUAGUCCAGGAAAUAAAUGUUGUUGGGUUGAUACUGGUGAGUCACUGUUUUUUGAAGUUGCAGAGUUGCAGACGUGGCUGUCAAAUCUCAAUCACAUGACUGAUGGCACAUUUCAGCAGCCCGAGAUUUUUGAAUUUGAUCAUAUUCAUCCAGAAUCAUCAGCUGGAGGUCUCACUGCCAUUCUGUAUGGAGGUCUUGGGACAGAAUGCUUCAAAGAAUUUCACCUAACUUUGUCAGAAGCUGCUAAAAAGGGUCAAGUGAAGUAUGUUGCCAGAUCUGUAUUGCCUUCAGGGUGUGAAUCAAAAGCUGCCACCUGUGGAGCUAUUGGUACAGGAGAACCAUUAAACCUAGCUGGCUAUGGGGUGGAGCUUGCUUUGAAGAAUAUGGAAUACAAGGCUAUGGAUGAUAGCGCAAUAAAGAAAGGUGUAACUCUGGAGGAUCCUCACACAGAAGAUCUUAGCCAAGAAGUCCGAGGGUUUAUAUUCUCCCGGAUUUUGGAGCGCAAACCACAGCUUACAUCUGAGGUAAUGGCAUUCAGGGAUUAUCUAUUAUCGGCUGCUGUUUCUGAUACCCUGGAUGUUUGGGAGCUGAAAGACUUAGGACAUCAAACUGCACAGAGGAUUUUGCAUGCUUCUGAUCCUUUGCAAGCAAUGCAGGAAAUCAAUCAAAAUUUUCCCACUGUUGUGUCUUCAUUAUCUCGUAUGAAGGUCAAUGAUUCCAUAAAAGAGGAAAUUAUAGCAAACCAGCGAAUGAUUCCUCCUGGCAAGUCCUUGUUGGCACUCAAUGGCGCCUUAAUCAAUAUUGAAGAUGUUGACCUAUAUCUACUGAUUGACUUGGUUCAUCAGGAGCUAUCAUUGGCUGAUCAGUAUAGAAAACUAAAGAUCCCUCCAAGUACUGUGAAGAAAUUACUUUCCAUUUUGCCCCCAUCAGAAUCGGAUGCACUGCGUGUAGAUUUUCGCUCUCACCAUGUUCACUACAUUAAUAACUUGGAAGUGGAUGCCAUAUACAAGCGAUGGAGAAGCAAUAUUAAUGAGAUUUUGAUGCCAGUCUUCCCUGGGCAACUGCAUUACAUUCGUAAGAACAUGUUUCAUGCAGUUUAUGUUCUGGACCCUGCAUCUCCACGUGGGCUUGAGACAGUUGAUUUGAUCAUAUCCUUGUUUGAGAAUAAUCUCCCAAUGAGGUUUGGAGUAAUAUUGUACUCCGCAAAAUUAAUUGAGAAAGUUGAAGCAAAUGAUGGGGAACUUCCAAUCAAAUCUUUGGAGGAUGAUCAGGAAGAUGUUUCUACUUUGAUUAUACAGCUUUUUGUUUACAUCAAGGAGAAUCAUGGAACUUUGAUGGCUUUCCAGUUUCUGAGCAACGUGAACAAAUUAAGGCUUGAAUCGGGUGCAGAAGACGAUCCAGAAACACAUCUUGUAGAAGGAGCUUUUGUUGAAACAAUACUGCCAAAGGCAAAAUCACCACCGCAAGAUACUCUGCAGAGACUGGUGAAGGAUCAAACAUUGAAUAAACUCUCUCUGGAAAGCUCCAUGUUUGCUUUUAAAUUGGGUUUGAACAAGUUGGAUUGUGCUCUCUUGAUGAAUGGGCUUGUCUAUGAACCGAAUGAGGAGGCUCUUUUAAAUGCCGUAAAUGAGGAACUUCCUAGAAUACAAGAGCAAGUAUAUUAUGGACAUAUAAAUUCUCACACUGAUAUUCUGGAAAAAUUUCUUGCCGUAAGUGGUGUCCAGCGAUACAACCCAAAGAUCAUAGGAGAUGGGAAAGCUUCACCCAAAUUUGUGUCUUUGUCUGCAUCAAUUCUUACAAAAGACUCUGUCUUGAAUGCUCUACAUUACUUGCAUUCUCCUGAAACUAUGGAUGAUGUGAAGCCUGUGACUCAUCUUCUUGUUGUUGACAUCACAUCAAAGAAAGGGAUGAAAUUGCUACGGGAAGGAAUACGCUAUCUGAUUGAUGGUUCUACAAAUGCUCGAAUUGGUGUGUUGUUUAAUGCUAAUAAGGAUACAACAUUACCUGGUUUCGUGUUUAUAAAGGCUUUUGAAAUAACUGCAUCAUCAUAUAGCCAUAAGAAAGGGGUGCUACAAUUCCUUGAUCAACUCUGUGCUUUCUAUGAGCAACACCAUGUUGUUGUUUCUGGGACUAGUGAAAGCUACCAGUCACUUGUAGAUAAGAUCUUACAAUUAGCAGAUGCAAAUGGUUUGCCGUCGAAGGGCUAUGAGUCUGCACUGCCUGAGUUAUCUGCUGAAAGUUCAAGGACUGACUUAAAAAGGGUGGCCCAAUUUUUAUACAGUACAAGUGGUAUAGAAGGUGGUGUAAAUGCGGUUAUCACAAAUGGGAGAGUUAUCCGAAUAUUUGAUGGGAGUUCAUUCUUGAGCCAUGAUCUUCGUCUUCUUGAAUCUCUAGAGUUCAAGAAACGAAUAAAGAAUAUUGCGGAGAUUGUUGAAGAAAUCAAGUGGGAGGAUAUGGAUCCUGAUCUAUUAACUAGCAAAUUCAUCAGUGACAUUGUUAUGGCUCUCACCUCCUCAAUUUCUACAAGGGAUCGAAGUUCCGAAAGUGCUCGCUUUGACAUUUUAAGUGCAGACUACAGUGCUGUUAUUUUGGAAGAUAAACUUUCAAGCAUUCAUAUUGAUGCUGUCAUUGAUCCCCUGAGUCCUUCUGGUCAAAAGUUAGCUGCUCUGCUUCGAAUUCUGUCCAAGUACACCCAGCCGAGUAUGAGACUUGUGCUGAAUCCAGUGAGCUCUCUGGCAGAUCUUCCGUUGAAGAAUUACUACAGAUUUGUAGUUCCCUCACUGGAUGACUUCAGCUGUACAGAUAACACAGUUCAUGGUCCCAAAGCAUUUUUCGCUAAUAUGCCACUCUCGAAAACUCUAACUAUGAAUCUUGAUGUUCCCGAACCAUGGCUUGUUCAGUCUGUGUAUGCUAUCCAUGACCUGGACAACAUAUUGCUAGAGAAUCUUGCUGACACGAGGACGUUGCAAGCGGUGUACGAACUUGAAGCUCUUGUACUUACAGGGCAUUGCUCCGAAAAAGAUCACGAACCUCCCCGAGGUCUGCAGUUGAUUCUUGGAACAAAGAAUACUCCCCACUUAGUUGAUACACUCGUCAUGGCCAAUCUGGGUUACUGGCAAAUGAAGGGCUUUCCUGGGGUGUGGUACUUGCAGCUUGCUCCUGGUAGAAGCUCUGAACUCUAUCUUAUGAAAGAAGAUGGUGACGGAACUCAGAAGACGACGUUGUUGAAGCAAAUCAUAAUAGAUGAUUUGCGUGGUAAAUUGGUUCAUAUGGAAGUGGUGAAGAAGAAAGGCAAGGAGCGGGAGAAACUGUUGGUUCCUACUGAUGAUGACGGUCAUUCUAGUUCCACGAAAGGUAACCAUAACAGCUGGAACUCCAACAUCCUCAAAUGGGCUUCUGGAUUCAUCGGAGGAAAAGGAAAAUCUAACGACGAAAGCAGCUCCUUGGUUUCUGAAAGCGAUGGUCGCCAUGGACAGAAAAUUAACAUAUUUUCCGUUGCUUCUGGGCACUUGUACGAACGGUUCCUGAAAAUAAUGAUUUUGAGUGUUCUGAAGAACACAGAUCGACCGGUCAAGUUUUGGUUUAUAAAGAACUACCUCUCCCCUCAAUUCAAGGACGUAAUUCCCCAUAUGGCACAACACUAUGGUUUCGAGUACGAGUUGAUUACCUACAAGUGGCCGACAUGGCUCCAUAAACAGAAAGAGAAACAGAGAAUCAUUUGGGCAUACAAAAUCCUUUUCCUAGACGUCAUUUUCCCGCUAGCCUUAGAGAAGGUUAUAUUCGUGGAUGCAGACCAAAUUGUGAGGGCAGAUAUGGGCGAGCUUUACGACAUGGAUUUGAAAGGAAGAUCUCUUGCAUAUACUCCAUUCUGUGACAAUAACAAAGAGAUGGACGGCUAUCGAUUCUGGAAACAAGGAUUCUGGAAAGAUCAUUUGCGAGGAAAGCCGUAUCAUAUUAGUGCUUUGUAUGUAGUUGAUCUUGUCAAAUUCCGGGAGACGGCUGCAGGAGACCAGUUGCGAGUAAUUUAUGAAACUCUGAGCAAAGAUCCCAACAGUCUAUCGAAUCUUGAUCAGGAUCUACCGAACUACGCCCAACACAUGGUGCCCAUCUUUUCCCUCCCCCAAGAGUGGCUAUGGUGCGAGUCGUGGUGUGGCAAUGCAACAAAAUCCCGGGCAAAGACAAUCGAUCUGUGCAACAAUCCCAUGACAAAGGAGCCCAAACUCCAGGGAGCCAAAAGAAUAGUCACAGAGUGGCCGGACCUCGAUCUUGAAGCCCGGCGCUUCACUGCCAGAAUCUCAGGCGAAAUCAUAGAAGAACCACAGGAACAAGCAGCGCCGCCACCGCCACCACCUCCCCAAACCGAAACUGCAAACAACGAUGCAUCGGAAGACAUUGAGUGGAAAGCAGAACUUUGAAUGCUCGAGCUUCCGACAGACAUACCUCAGCGCGAUAUGAUCAGAACACUUUUCGGAGGAGAAUCGUUGUCGACGAUGCUACCGGACUUUGGUGGUGAAAGAACUGAAAUAUCAGUGUAUGUAUCAAGAGCGUUCAUAUUUCUUUUCCUAAUCUUCCUUCCAAAUGGUGGUUGGGAUUGGGGACACUGAAUUUUGUCUGUCUCAAGUAUGUUAGGUAGUACAUGAGAGAGAAAGAAUGAGAGAGAGAGAGAGAGAGAGGAACUAUAUAUUAGUUAAUACUACUACACACACUUAACACUUUUUUAUCAAUGGAAUAGAAGAAUGACAUAUUUAUCUCUGCAU